UGAUGCAUUCUCGCAAGAAGAAAAGUUCCAAUCAGCUGUUUAAAGGCUUUUAAUGGAGCAAGGAUAUAAUACAAUUUUAAUAUCGGGUCUACCAGGUGUGGGUAAGACGACGUUGGUGCGAAAAAUAUGCGAUGAUCUUCGAGUAUCUUAUGAUUGUCGUGGUUUUAUUACGGAAGAAGUACGGAGUGAUCAGACGCUUGCUCGUGUCGGAUUUGAUGUAGUGACGUUGUGUGACAAGCGCUCGAUAUUGGCAAGAGAGCGCUGCGCAAAUAAUGAACGAAUGGCGAAAUUGGGAAAAUAUUCUGUUUACGUAAAUGAUUUCGAGAGACUUGUUCUCCCUCUGCUUGGCUACCCCAACCCUAAACAAGAUCUUCUGGUGAUCGAUGAGAUUGGAAAAAUGGAAUUAAAAAGCAAAAAAUUUGAAAUUGCUGUAAGUGAGUUAAUUGAUAAAGUUCCAAUUUUAGCAACAGUACCACUCCAACAACGUGGGAAUCUUAAGCUUGUAGAAUAUCUGAAAAACUCCUCUAAAUCACGCUUGUUUGAAAUAAGUGGAAAUAACCGCGAUGACAUUAAGAGUGAAAUUGUAAAAUGCCUUAGACAACGGUUAGGAAAGCCUUCAAUAAAAAUAUGAGCUUUUUAUUUUAAA